CCUCGAAGUGCUGCUACAACCUCGCUACUUCUCGUCUCACAGAACAUGAGUUCUUCCUAAGGUCGGCGAGGAAGCGGUCUCUCUACUGAAGAUUUCUUAUAAGAGCAAAGACUUCUCUCAGUUAAGAUCUCUUCACUCCUCAUAUCACAGAAAGAACCAACAUCCACAACCCAAACAAACUUUAACAUGGUCAAAGUAGAAGCUACCGGAAACGCCCUCAAAGCUGCAGUUGCAGCUGUAUGUUGGGCCAGUAACCGGAUUGAUAUCUUUCGCACUGGAGAUCGUGCUUCUGAUUUGCAGCACAACUGGUGGGAUGGAUCUAAGUGGGAGAGUCAGGGCGGAAUUUUUACCUCGAAGCUUGAUAUCACAAGCUGGGGCAGUAACCGUCUUGAUUACUUCGGCUUGGGAACGAGUUCUGCUGCUUAUCAUAAUUGGUGGGAUGGAAACAAGUGGGGAGGGCACGAGUACCAAGCGGGCGUCUUCACUUCUCCCGUCAGCUCCGUCGCGUGGGGCCCGAACCGCCUUGACCUCUUUGGCCUCGGGACAGACUCUAGCAGCUAUCAUAAAUGGUGGGAUGGAAGUCGUUGGGCAGGAUGGGAAAAUUUGGGUGGAAUAUUCACCUCGCCCUUGGCUGUUGCAUCAUCCGGAGUCAAUCAAUUGGACGUAGUUGGACGUGGUACCGACAGUGCAUUAUGGCACAAUCUGUGGGACGGCCGUUCUUGGAGUGGCUGGAAAUCACUGGGAGGGAUCUUCAUAUCUGAGCCAAGCAUUGUUAGUUGGGGAUCUGGCAGAUACGAUGUUUUCGGCGUUGGGACGGAUGGAGCACUAUAUCAUAAGUACUUCACUGGAGGCUCUUGGUCUGGAGCUUGGGAGAAUCUCGGCGGUAUACUCAUCUCUGCACCAACCGCCGUGAGCUGGGGAGCAAACAGGCUUGAUAUUUUUGCGCUUGGAACCGAUGAUGCAGUUUGGCAUAAAUGGUGGAAUGGAGCCAGCUGGGGAGGAUGGGAGCGACUGGGCUAGUCUCAAAAUAGUCUUGAAGAUUCCCACAACCAACCCGGUAAAAGCGGGGUUGGCGGGGCGAGGGUGAAAUGACAGGCUUCUUGUCAAGAGGUAGAGCUUUUGAGGUUGUGUUCAUACUCUCCGUGUUCCCUCAGGAGCCGCAAUAGCAAAC